CCUUCCCCGCCGCUGCGCCUCCAGCAACCUCCUUCCCCCGCCGCCGCGCCUCCAGCAACCUCUUUCCCCCGCCACUGUGCCUCCAGCCUGCUCCUUCCCCCGCCGCUGGCGCCUCCAUCCUCCUCCUACCCCCGGCGGGGCGCCGCACUCGAGGCCCGGCACCUGCGCAUCGGCGACCCCGAGCUCCCUGAUCAUCCAUCUCCUCCCUCACAACCCCCAAGUUCAACGACCACGCCCUCCUCCGUCCGUAGCUCGCCACUGCACCCGCGCAACUUGCCGCUACAGGAGCCCCUAUGAAAGAUAACUCGACAUUCCCCUACCCGCGUUGAACCAUGGACUCGACCGUCCCCAGUCCAGCCCCGUGGCGUGGUGGUGGUCGAGUACAUCUCUGCAAGUUCAGAAUCGGGAAACAGGAUGCAGCAAAAAAGCAAGAUUCACAAGUUCGUCUUCUGGAUGCUUUUCAGUACAUGUACUUCCCGUUGGAGGUUCAGGCGACCCUCCGCCUCCUUCUGGCUUCCCUCGGCGACGCUCCAGGCGCCACUCCGCCUCGUCCCCGGUGGGAAGUCCGUCACCGGUCCGUCCAGCGGUCCAAAGCCACCGCCCGAGGCCGUUCACCUUCGCAACACCCCUUUCUAGUAGCCAUCGUGAGGUGUUUAGUCCAGCUCGUGCAACCAACACAGGUCGUUGCCCUUUUUGCCACAACGGCAGUAGCACAAACACGAGCGUGGUCGUCCUCAACCGGUUCCUCACGCGGCCUCCGCGCAAGCCCUGCUCAUGCUUACACCAAAAGUACAACUCUUGCUACUCUCCUCGUACUUGCACUUGCUUAUUUUCUAAGCAAUAAUCCUAUUGCUUCCUCUUGGGGAAAGGGAUCCCAUGUUGAAGUUGUCUUGGUGCUCACCCGCUAUUUAUAUUCAUCACAUAGUGUAUGAAACAUAUGAAAACCAUUCUGGCUUCAGAGAAAAUAUAACCAGUAUAUGUGCAAUUGCGCGAGAAGUUCCCUUAUGAAAGUUCCUUGUAAACAGACCACAUGAAAGUUCAUCGAGAGAAACUUUGUAAGUUCAAAAUGGCUAUAGGAAAACUUUGUAGGUUUAGAUGGGUAUAGAAAACUUUGUAAGUUCAAAAUGGGCACGCCUAACAGUGCAUGAAUAAAAAAACUAAACCCAACAAAGUCCAUGUUGGUUGGUCUACAGUGUGUUGUCAAGAAGGUUGUUGGCCUUGGAGGCUGACACUGGCUCAUCAUCUACCUUCCAAUUAUUGUUAGGCAUAUACCACUGAAACUGCAGGUCGCGCCCUCCUCCCGCUGUAGGCCGUGUCCUCCUCCCGCAUAGCCUAUUGGUUGGCGUACCGUGACCCCUCCUCAUAUUUUUGGUAUGAAUUUGAUGAAUCUUCUUGAUGCUCUGUUCUUAUUCAUCUAGACAUUCCUCCUCAUAUUGAUUGUUUGUAUUGCUUGUACCGGUUUCGUUCUUGCAUGUAUGUUUCAGUUCGAUCUUUUGAGAUAGCUCAGAUUACUUCCAACUGUGAAGAUUGACAUGCAUAUUUGGGGAUGAGAUUUUCAGGUACUAGUUUGGCAAUGUAUCUAACCUGUACUAAAAUAUUUCAGCAGUUCAACAGGGCACGCGGAGUUCAGUUCGACGGUGACGAGCCAGGGUUUAUUUCUUUUCUCAUUUGUAUCGCUUGGUCGUCAGGUCGCAGCCUCUUCCUUCUGCAGGUCGCCGCCUCCUGCUGCUGCUGGCCGUGCCCCAUCCCCCAUUCCCGCAGCGGCCAGGCCGUUCACCUCCAGUACCACAGUCCGUUCACUGCCGACAGCCGAGGCCGUCCAGUGACGCAGCGACGAGGUCUAGCCUUCCCCCUUCCUCUUUUCAUGUACCAUAUUCUUCCGUAGAUGUACAUUCUUGUGUAGUACAUUUGUUUAUUGUGUAUAUUCGUUUCAAGUUCAAAAAAAAGAUAAUAAAAAGGUUCAUAAAAGAACCCAGAACAUCGGGUAGCUCUGGAAUCUGGGAGUUCAGGAAAAAUUGAUCCAAAAUGAACAUGGAGAGGGUUUUGAUUUCAGAGAAGUUGUAGAACAAAAACGAAAGAAAAACCACUGUUUCUAUUGUUGUUAUUUUGUUGCCCUCUUGGUGUUUACUGAAAUGCUUACAACAACUUAACUUGUUUUCUUUUCAUGUUUGUCUUUUGUUAAAAUGAAGCUAAGGUGUUGUACUGCUCUAUUAUGUACAUCCGGGCAUGAUGCACAGAAUAAAACAUCAUGAGAUCCUUGGUUUACUUACAGGUAGGUCAUCAGUUCAAACCUAACACAGAAACUCCUUGGUUGGCAUUUGAGCUCUUGUUUUCCCAAGACUAGUACUGGUAAAUGUUAUUUCACUAUGUAUUCUUUCCUCAAUCCAUAGAGAAACAUGGGAAUAGUUUGAUCGUGUUGGAUACAUAGUUCAAUUGUAUAUAUCAUAAGAAGAAAAGAACAUGUUUUCUAUAGGACAAAAUCAAAAACAUUAUUAGCAACUCACUUUGUAUUCUACCAUCAGUUCUCUCUGUGUUAGAGAGAGGGUUCGGUGUCUCAUUGUUUUCACUUGCCCCAAAAAAAUGUUCUGUUGCAGAUUAGGAACAUUGUAUUUACAUUUUUUAAACAAAGAACUAAUCAGUUCAUAUAAGUUCAAAAGACAAAGUGUUGAAAGUUCAAUUGAAAGCUCUCACCAGCGUUGUGACCUCCCCCAGCCAGCCCCCAUGGCUUGCCUCGAUGGUGCCCCCAAGCUGGUCUAGAACCACCAUGAUGAAUAGAAAUCCAUCCAACUAUUCACUUAUACCCUCAUGAUCAUUUUAUUGUAUAGAUGUGCCUUUUCUGUUGGACUCUCCUUCUUAUUUGCUUGUCAAAAUUUGGUUUUAAUCCACUACAAUUUCCAUGAGUGGAUUUAAAAACCAACAAAUGCACAGUUUAAAAAUGCAUACAACAACUACAAAAUAUCAAUUUAGUUCGGUCCAAAUUGUAAUUUUAGUUCAGUCCAAUUCCUAGUUUUACUUCAGUUCAAAUUCCAAUUUUAGUUCAAUUCAAUUCUUAUUUUUAGUUUAGUUAAGUUCAGUAUUAAAUGCCCAGAUAGUGCCUAGAAAAAGUGAAGAUAGGUUUGUAGUGAUGUUUAUGAUAGACUGGUAGUUGGAAGAUUUAGAGGUAAAAAAUAUUUUCUUGCAAUCUGCUGAAUGCUUCAAUUCGUUGCGUGCGAAUUUUGUUAUAGCAAAAAACUGAAUGGUAGGUAAGAUGACUAUAGUUAUGGCAAAAACAGUGAAACUUUUAGAAGUUUUUUUUCUUAAUCUCGGGUUAAUACAUGAACAUGGUCGUCUUUUUACAUGUACUUAUCAUCAGCUCGUCAGAGCUGUUCGUGUACUUGUAACACAAUCAACUCAGGUUUGGAGAUACUAUAAAAAGGGCAACCUGGUGCAUGUAGCUCCCGCUUGCGCAGGGUCCAGGGAAGGUUUGGAGAUACUAUAAGUUCAGAGAAAAAAAUACAAAAAGGAGGCCGUUCAUCCUUACAACCUCAAGCCGUUGACCUCCGCCGAGCGAGGCCGUGCGACGAAGCAGCGAUCAUGCCAUCCACCUCUACCACAGGAGGCCGUUCGACGAUGCAGCGCUCAGGACAUUGUGUUUUUUUCAGUACAUGUUUUGUGUGUUUUUCAGUUCACCUACUUAAUGAUAUUAUGUCCAAUUUCCCCUUUGUUUACAGUUGUUCCUAUAGUACAAUAGGUGUUUCUAUUAUGCCUUAAUAAGCAUUUAGGAAAACCUUGUAUGGAUCGAAACUACCAUAUGCUCUAUUCUAUUCUUGUAAAUGAAGCUCCACUUCUGUUUUGUUUGAAGUUACUUGGCAUAAAAAUUAGUAUAUGUUUUAUUGUAAAAAUCAUAUAUAAAAUGUCUUGAUGCAUGCUAGCAGAAAUCUGAAAAUAAACUCAGCAUAGUUCCUAUAUUUUAUUCAAGUUCGAAGCAAAACAUUUCUAACAACUUAUCGCUCCUUGCAGGAUACAGAGUAUUCAUCGCAUUUGUCAUCGAGCGAUUGCACCACUAUCUUCAGAAGCUCAUCACCCUGAGGAAAUCAGUCAACACCUCCCAGAGAGGAGGUUGAAAAAUUCCAAAUGUAGUUCAAACAUGAAUUUGAGAAAAUGAUUCCUCGGCUAAGUUUGAAAAAUGUCAUUCUGUGAAGUUUGGCUAUUCAGCCAUUGACUAGUCAAUGGUGGAGUUGUAAUUUUGUUUCUUCUGUACAUACAUGAAAUGAAUGUAAUCAACGGAAAGAAACAUAUGUUGAUUCUCCAAGUUAGAGUUCAUUUUUGUUUUUC